AUGCUUGAUUUAAACUACACCAAAAUAGAACAAUGCGGUACAGGAGCCGCAUUUUGUCAAUUGAUGGAUUCAAUAGUUGGUGGUGUUGCUUUAAAUAAAGUAAAAUUUAGUGCCAAAACUGAAUACGAUUAUCGUCAUAAUUGGAAGAUAUUACAACUGGAAUUUAAUAAACACCGGAUUACCAAGAAUAUUGAUGUUGAACGAUUAAUAAAGUGUCGUUUACAAGAUAAUUUGGAAUUAUUACAAUGGUUUAAACGAUAUUGGAAUGAAAAUGCCGAUGUAAGCAACAACUACGAUGCAUUGAGCAAAAGGAAAGCCAAUCCUAGUCCCUACCAUACAUUGAAUCUGAUCCCCACUAAUAGCAGUCCAUCUUUAAGGAGGCUGCAACUGAAUUCAGGUCUACCAGGAUCAAACAAUGCCACAAUUAGAACCAAACGCCAAAUUAGUCAAAGUCCGCAGAUAAACCAAAAUCACAAUGGUGGGUAUAGUGGUGAUAACGACAUGCAAUCUAGUGACCAAAUUGCUUUGGAUACAAAUAUGCAGGGCCAUUCUCCUCAUGAUGUUUUAUCUUCAAAUUACACCAGUAGUAAUAUGUCAACUAGAGUGAGGCCAAGAAAAUCGCUCACGCCAACCACAUCAAGAAUUUCCACCCCUAUUCAACAGCAAAUAAGAAAAACUUCAGAUAGACUGGUUAGAAGAAUGCCAUCCAGGCAUAACACUGUAGGAGGGACUGUUGCUACUGGCAGUAAUGGUGAUACUUUGACCAAUGGUAAAUUGAGGCAAUCAGGAGCAGGACAACCGCCGGCAAUGGGGUUUAAUUCGAGUAUGAGUGGAAACACCUCCUCCUCGUUUCAAACAUUGACCUCAGCAGCAGUACCAGCAGGAGGAGGGGAAGUAUUAGCAUAUACGUCAGAUGAGCAUCAUCAUGCUCUAGCUAAUAACACAAGUGGUGAUAAUGGCUACCACAUUUCAAAUGAAGAAGUUGAAGCAAUACUCCAGAAGAAUAGUGAACUAGAAAUACAAGUUAAUGAGUCUAAACUUAAUUGUGAUACUUUACAAGUGGAAAGAAACUUUUAUUUCAAUAAAUGUCGCGAUAUUGAGAUAUUGAUUCAAAAUAUUCAAAGUAAUGAAAGUUUAAUACCAGAAUUGGAUGUAUUGACCUUGUUAAGGAAAAUUGAAGAUACCUUGUAUGCUACUCAAGAGGGGUUUAGCUCAGAGGCUCAUAUGCUAGAUAGUGAGUUUUGA